AUUCAAACACUCCUUUCUCGUGGGAGAAGACAGAAGGAACAGUUCAGCUGCCUGUUCUGAGACUCUGCACCAAGGGGAGCAAGAGCCCUUCACUGAAAUCCUGCCACCAUGCUGGGGCUGCUGCUGCUGCUGCAGGUGUUGGCCAGCUGCCUCUGGCUGGGACACAGCGAGGUGGUGAACUCCUUUGAUAGCUGUCCUCAGUUUUUCUAUGAUGGGAUUCCCCCAGAUGGUGCCCUGAAUCCAAAGAACCCAGCCCGGAUCUGUCAGCGCUUCAGGAACUCGUAUCACUAUGCCACCCUGUACGACAGAGACAGGAGAAUUCCAGUGUACUCUGCUUACAAAUACCAGCCUGUAGAAGAGAAGAGACCUCGAGGAUGGUGGUUUCUUGAGCCUCAGCUCAUAGAUAAUUGCAAUCUUAAAGAGAUGAAAAAAGAGUCAGACAUCAAGAAAGAAUGCAAAAUCUCCCAAGAAGUUAUCAAAAGGAGCCAGGCUGUAGAUGAUGACUACAAAGGGCUGAAGGAUUUGGACCGUGGCCAUUUGAGCCCCAGUGGCCAUAUGGAUAAGGAUGUGAGUAAAAUGGCUACCUUCACCCUUACCAACAUAGUGCCCCAGGACAGCACUCUCAACAACGGACAGUGGAGGGUCUAUGAGGAUAAAACAAUGAAGAAAAACACCAAGGACUGUAAAACCACCUACGUGAUCACGGGUGCUGUGCAUGGGAACACCUACAUAUCCCAUGAGAGGGUGAACAGACCCAGCCACAUUUGGUCAGCUGCCUGCUGUAUGUUGGACAAAAAGCCCCCAAAGGCUUGGGGGGCCAUUGCUGAGAAUGACAAGAACCAGGUGGAGGAGCUCAGCCUGGGAGAGCUGGAGGACAGGUUGACUGAGCUCUAUGGUGGAAGGGUUACUCUGUUCAACAAUGCCUGUCCCCGAGAAUAA